UUUCAUGAGAAAGAGGAAGUAAAACGUUAAGUUUGGAAGUGUUUUGUUCUCAUCAUUGAAAGAAAAUAUGUGAUAAUGAUGUUAAAAAAGUAGACUUGACGCGAAAAAUUGUGCUGUUGUACGUAUAAGCAGCCGCAGAUUGUAAUGCUUAUAGCUUAAUUUGUCCGUUUAGGCAACGUUUAAGUGAUCAAGUGUACAGAGGAAUGCAAGUGGUUUUUGGGAAUAGCCUAGCGCUUCAUUGUUCCUUCAAUGAUACUGGAUCUGUCACGUUAGGCGAGAAAUUGGCAUUGAUAGGCAGCAUUUUCUUUUUUCAUUAACAUUACCGUUAGUAUGUAUUUAGUUCGUAAUAUUUAGCUUACAAGUGAAGGAGUUGUGGUAGCUAACGGCAGCGUAGCUCGUUGUUCUUCUCGCCCUUUUCUACGGUACAAAUAGCUAGCCAUGACGGUUGCGGUGUUUUUCGGGUGUGCAUUUAUUGCAUUUGGGCCAGCAUUCUCUCUUUUUAUAUUCACAAUUGCUAAGGAUCCCCUUCGAGUAAUCAUACUUAUUGCUGGGGCAUUCUUUUGGCUUCUCUCCCUUCUCCUAUCCUCUUUGGUAUGGUUCAUUGCUGUAAAGGCCAGCAAUUCAGAUGAUCCAAGUCUACAAAGAGGCCUGCUGAUAUUUGGGGGCAUAUUCUCUGUAUUGCUGCAAGAGGUAUUCCGCUAUGCCUAUUACAGGAUACUGAGGAAAGCGAAUGAAGGCCUGGCUGCCAUCAGCGAAGAUGAAAGCUCCACAAUAUCGGUCCGGCAGAUGGCCUACGUUGCUGGGCUGGGCUUUGGAAUAAUGAGCGGCGCCUUCUCCAUGAUCAACAUCCUCUCCGAUUCACUGGGGCCAGGGACCGUGGGCAUCUUCGGAGACUCCCAAUACUACUUCAUCACCUCAGCUCUCAUGACCUUGGCCAUAACCCUGCUCCACACGUUCUGGGGCGUCGUGUUCUUUGACGGAUGUGAGAAGAGUCGGUGGUGGGUGAUCGGCGUCGUGGUUGCGCUACACCUGCUGGUGUCCUGUCUGUCUCUGUUGAACCCGCUGUACUCUGGCAGCCUGCCGCCCGUCUACGCCAUCAUGGUGCUGAUGGCCGUCUGGGCCUUCUUCUCAGCGGGGGGCUCGCUAGCCAGUGUGUCCCAGCUCUGCUCACGUAGGAAAACUGAUGAUAAUUCCUCCUAACUGGUUUCUUGUUUUGACAACUCAAGGAGUCGGAGGACAGGACAUUGUGUUGCUGAGUUCGGUGCAUUAGCGGAACAGACAAGCCGCUCGUCGGAGGAGCCUCGCAUCAAUCGUCUGGAUCACGCGUGUGUAUGUGUGUGUCUCUCUCUCUCUCGGCGAGGAAAACCUUUAAGCGCCCAUCAUUUUUUUUACAGCCUCCUCAGGCUCUUGGGGAGUCGGGACUGCAGAACGUAUCUCUCUUUAAUCGUACUCACUGUAAAUAGCUUGACAUACCUUACUCACACUCACUCACUCACACAUACAUGCACACAGACACAUACAUGCACACAGACACACACACACACACACACACACACAGAUACACACACCCGUGCACAUCGUCACGCACAGGCCUGUGUGGUUCAAAGAACUUUCUAGACACACCGGAACUGAGGUGGUUUGUCUUUCCUCGAUUUCUUUCGUUUUUCCUCCUCCUUCACCUCCACCCCUUUUUGGUUCUGGACUGGAUUCAUUUGGACUCUGAACCUGCUUCUGUGUAGACGUUUCUUUUUUUCCUUUCCGAUUUUAAUUUUCCCUUUUAUUCAUGCAUCUCUGUAUCACAAAUCCUCAAGAAGGUGUUUGCCAUUGGGAGUAAAAAAAAAAAUUAGGAGCCAUGUUUCUAAUCAUUUUGAAGGAUAUGGCCGAAGUUUUGGGGUCUUCAGACACAAGCUCCAUCUGAGAAUAACAUGCACACUGACUGAUGAUUUUUAAAAUGGUGUCCAUCUAUCUAACUGACCAACAGAACAGCCAAGCACUGUAAGCACAUCCCUUUCUGUUGCACAUCCUUUUUGUCCAUUAAAACUGCCUUUGUUUCAAGAGUACCGCAGAGCUGAGUUGUGGGCCUUGUAUUUCACUGAAUCAUUUCCCGUUAUGGGAUGCAACAGGGUUUAGUUUUUGGGUCUUUCCACAUGUGUGAGCUAUACUCUUGGCUUUACAGAUUGUUAGCAUUAAAAACAUUUUCAGUUGUUAAAGAAAAUUGCAUCAUGUUCUCAGCUUUGGAGUUUUCAGGAAAUUCAACAUCAGUAAUUGAAAAUAGAAAGAAAUACCCCUAAUGAACUUUAUUGGCAUUAAUUGACUUGGUUUUGCAUUAUCUUUGACCUUUUAGUUUUUGCACUAUGUAGGGUAUUUACCACAACCUGUACAAAUAUUAUAAAGCUGAUGGUUCUAUUUUUCAAGGUUAACAGACUACACACAUAGUAUAAAAAGACAUUUCGUACUAUUUAAGAAUACAUCUUUCAGGAUAAGAGUUCAAAUGUCAGGUCAUUAUUUGUCAAAAUAUGACCCUGAGUAUGAUAAGUAUGUUAAACCAUUCUAGCAAAUACAAGCAAUAUCUUUGGCAGAAUACUGUUCUCUUCUCUGGACCUUCUGUAGUGUAAUUCUGGUGCUUUCUAGAUGCAUAAAAAUCAUGACAUGCUUUCCGUGAUGUAUAUAUUUUUUGUUUUACUUUGAUAGGAUUAAUUGCCAGACCUUUGUACCCGGUGUUUUGAUUUAUCUUUUUUCUGCUCAACUUGAAGCAAUUGUGUCAAGUUAGGCCAGAAAUAUUUAAGCUCAUUAGAAUGUGUGGCAGUGUUUGUUUUUCCAACCGAUCCAAUUCUCUCUGGUACAAUUUGUACGUUCCUCUACCAGCGCGCUAGCAUCUGAGCUUCACCUGCCUUCGUUGGAAUUGUUAUCUCUGCGUCACCAGGGCCUAUCGCUUGCCCAUUUGGGCUAAUGUAAAGAAGAGGAGAGCGCCAAGUCACCUCUGCGUCACUCGAGCAUUAGAGGUGGCGGAGCGGGCCAGCGCCUCGGCUGGUUUGGCACAGGUUUGUGCCAGGGCUAUGGCACCAGCUCAACUCACUCAACCAUGGCACUUGUGUCAGGCCCUGUCACGCAGCCUGAGAACUGAAGUGUGUGUGUGUGUGUGUGUCUCUCUCUCUCUCUCUCUCUCUCUCUCUCUCUCUCUCUCUCUCUCUCUCUCUCUCUCUCUCUCUCUCUCUCUCUCUCUCUCUCUCUCUCUCUCUCUCUCUCUCUCUCUCUCUCUCUCUCUCUCUGAGUCAGCAUCGCUCAGCAGUGCCACGACGCAAGACGCGCAUGGCCAAGGGCUCUGGGAAUCUUAGAUUCUACAAAGUCAGUGAUUAAUGCAGCGAUUCCACAGAAAAUGGUUGUGUGUACGUGUGUACGCUCACGUUCGUAUGUGUGCGUGUGUAAGGUCCUCUGCUUUAUGACUUGACUCAGAAUGUGUGAGUACCUCUGCUGUGUGUGUGUGUCUGUUCUUUUUUUUGUCUACGUAUGCAACUGCGCGUCACUCCUGUGUGGGGGUGUCUGUUUCCAGACAUUUCAUUGGGGCAGUGAGUGUUUGGGGGAAAUGAUGUGCCCAGUUGUUUUGGCAACCAAUAUGUGAAUGUGUGCGAAGUACUGCAGAUGUUUGAUCACUAAAUACCAGAUGCUGAAGUUACCCUUCCCACUGACUCUGCUGUCAUCAUCGCCAUGGCUUUCUCAUACCCCACCGUCUUUCUUGUAUGUUUUAGAACAAAGCAAAUUCAAUCACAGUUUAAAAUCAUUAGAAAUGGGCAAACUUCGUAUUCAAAAGUAGAAUGUAGAAAUUUUUCACAUUAGUAAGUUAAAAAAAAAAAAAAAAAAAAAAGAGGGAAUAUAUCUGUAUCGAAUGAUUUUUGCUCCUUUGGUUUUCCUCAGAAUUUAUCAAUCUGAAUUCAGUCAUCAGAAUUGGUGCUGACUAUUGUUUAACUAAUAUUUACUCCAGUGAUGGGUGCAAUAUUGGAUAUGUGAUGUAUAAAAAUGCUGCUUUAUAGAAUUUGUAACUGGUGCCAAAAGGCUCCCCUUCUCACAAAAAAAGCAAACAAUUUCUUUAACCCAUCAAUAAAAAAUGGCUUGUGAAAGUGUUCUGUAAUUUCUUGGAUGGUGUGACACAACAUUAAACAGUGAUUUCUUUCAAAA